GGCAGACAGAUCGCCAAGACUAGUAAAUUUUCCUUGAUCCAUAUCGAUCCAUUCAUCAAGAUGGCUAGAUCCUUGUUGCUCUCGCUAACCCUCGCAUUCCUCUUCACCGAAAUGGUCUCAGCUCGUGACUGGAACAUCCUAAACCAGCUCAAAGGACUCAACCCAACCACAACCACAACCAAGACUAGCCAAAACAGCGUCGCAUCAUUGAAAGGCCCUAACCUAAACGGAUACUGCGAGAGCUGGAGAGUCAACGUGGAGCUCCACAACAUUAGGGACUUCACGGUGGUGCCACAGGAGUGUGUCUGGUUCAUCCAAAAGUACAUGACGUCAUCUCAGUACGAGGAUGAUUUGGCCAGAGCCGUCGAUGAAGCAACACUCUACAUAGGAAAAACUUGCUGCGAGAAGAAGAAAUGUGAUGGCAUGGAUGCUUGGAUCUUUGACGUUGAUGACACUCUUCUCUCCACCAUUCCUUACCACAAGAAACACGGCAGUUUCGGUGGUGAGCAAUUGAACACGACCCAAUUCGAGGAAUGGCAAAGUUGGGGAAAGGCACCAGCGCUUCCAAACAUGGUGAAGCUGUUCCAUGAGAUCAGAGAGAGAGGUUUCAAAAUCUUUUUGGUCUCUUCUCGUAAAGAGUAUCUCAGAUCCGCCACCGUCGAAAACCUUAUCGAAGCCGGUUACCACGGCUGGUCUAACCUCCUCCUCAGGGGAGAAGAAGAAGAGAAGAAGAGUGUGACCCAAUACAAAGCAGAUGUGAGGGCAUGGCUUACAAGUCUUGGUUACAGAGUUUGGGGAGUGAUGGGUGCACAAUGGAACAGCUUCGCAGGUUGUCCAGUUCCCAAGAGAACCUUCAAGCUCCCAAACUCCAUCUACUAUGUCGCUUAAUCAAAUCAUAUUUACUUCUCUAACUAAACAAUAAGAUCAGAGUUUCAUUCUGAUUCUUGAGUCUUCUUUUCCUUCUUCAUUUUCUGGUUUAUAUAACCAACUCAAAUGCUUAUGAAUGAUCCAUGAACCAUGAUCAUCUUUGUUUAUGUUGAAUUGAGCUCUAUUUUUUUCUAUUACCAUUUUGGGCCUUUGUGAAAUUUAUUUUGGGCUUUUGUUAAAUAUGUUUUUUCUCUCUC